GAUUUACUUUAAUUGCGCUAGGGAUCAUAAAUAUUGUGCUAGCCCGGCAGUUCUCAGUUUCUAUGACGCUCUAAGAUUGUACUAUGGCGCGCUAAGAUUGUACCAUGACGGUCUGCUAGCAUCGCGCUGAGACAAGUAAACUGUACGAGGAAGUAUAUCUCAAGGGUGUCCGUCAACUUUAUGCUUGUACAAAAAUAGAUAUCCUUAAAUACGUUUUUAUGAAUUUUUCAAGCAUAAGUUAAUAUCGUUUGCAAUUAAAUAAGUUUAAUAGUAAUACAUUUCUUUCAUAAAAUUUGUUGCCAUACGUUUUUUUAAUGCUUUUUUGGCUAAUUUUUGUAAAAUUUGAUUGGUUUCUUAAAAUUCUAACUUUUUCAGUGAUUGCUUUUAAUUUCGAUUCCCCAAACUUGAAUCAGAUCUUUAGUUCUCCAAAUUCACACAUUGCCAACGAUUGCCAAUAUCCAGAGUUAUUUUUACUCACAAUUUAACUUAACAUACUUUAAGCUUUAGUCAAACGAAGAACAGAGAUCAUUCACUGAAAUUGAUGCCUCCCUUCAAAUGUUUCUUCAAGUGACAGUAACAAAAACUAUUGGGAAAAAACUUAUUGUGACAGAUCUUACCGUGACAUAACUUUCGGGGGAUAUAACUUAUAGUGAAAGAAUUUAAAGUGACAGGACUCACAGUGAAAAUACCUUGAGUUAAAGAAUUUAAGGGGUACAUUAAAGUGAAAUAACAAAAAGGAUGGACCUUACAGCCAAAUAACUUACUAUUUCAGGCUUAUAUUGACAGAACUUAAGUGACAUAAAUUUAGUGAAACAUGUGUUCCUUAAGGAAGGCCAUGCAAAACAAAUGAACUGAAAGCUUGUCCAACAUAACUGGUCCCACCCCCUUACGAAUCUCUAUAAGAUAUAACCUCUCGGCUUUACACUUGAGAAAAAAAAAUGAGCAGGAAAUUCGUUAAAAGAUAUAUUCCUUACAACUGUACACUUUGUUUUCAGAUUAGUUCUCAUAACACAUUUAUCAAUGGAACACCAGACUCGCUCCUCUAUUCAUGCAACCGCUUUCAUCAUUAUUGCCAUAGUUUUGCACGGCCCACUUCCGUGCAGGUCAUCAGGUACUGUCAUCACGCCCAAUCAGAAUGGAACUGUGUACACGGGCAAGCUGGAGACCGUCAUCUUCGGUAGUAGGAACUUCGUCUCGGCACAGUUUCUUGGCAUUCCUUAUGCAAAGCCCCCCAUAGGUGAGCUAAGGUUUUCAAAACCAGAACUUCUCCAGCUUAAUGAAACAUACAGAGCAACGGAGUUUAAAAAUAUAUGUUACCAGAAAAUCAAUCCCAAGGAUGGCUGUCAGGCGUUCCAGCGUAUGUCAGAAGACUGUCUUUAUUUAAAUAUUUAUGUUCCCGUUCCUGAAGGAUAUAUAACAAACACUGUAUCAACUGGAGCCCCAGCAAUGUCAACAUCAGCAGCAGCAGUAACACCUAAAAAAGAAUCACAAUUCACAACAGCAGCAACAAGUGUUGAAACUGAAACUAAUACAUCUACAACAGAAACAAACACAACAGCACCAACUACAACAACACCGAACACAACAACAGCACCAGCUACAACGACACUGACUACAGCAAAAACCAGCACAGAGGCAACAGAGACAGCUACAACAGCAUCAACCACAACAGAAAAAUCUACAAUAAAUCCAACUUCAGCUUCAACGGCCCCAACAUCAGCCGAAACAAGCGCAAGGGACACACGUGAUUCGAGUGAAAUCCCUGAUCAAAGUGAUGGAAACGAUGAAGGUGACACAGCUCCGGCAGAGACAAGUCUUCCGUUAAAAAACAACAGAACAUUGGCAGUCUUCAUCUUCAUCCACGGAGGUGCCUACUUUGAGGGCAAUGCCAACUGCUACAACGGUUCUGUCUUAGCCGGAUUCGGGGACAUCAUCGUCGUGACUAUCAACUACAGGUUGGGACCCCUGGGGUUCUUGUCCACCGACGACGAUGCUAUCCCGGGAAAUCUUGGUUUAUGGGAUCAACACACCGCGAUUAAGUGGGUCAAACAAAAUAUAGAACAUUUUGGGGGCGACCCGACACGCAUCACAGUAGGAGGACAAUCUGCGGGCAGCUACAGUUCUAUAUUCCAGGCUUUGAAUCCACAGAGCGACAGCUUGUUUCAGAGGGUCAUCGCGCAAAGCGGCACCCCAGUCACCAAGAACAGUGUCAUUCAAAAGGGAUACGACACCGCAUUUGAGGUGGCCAAGCGGCACCUGUGUCCAGUUCAAUCCCGAGGGCAGAGCUCGGCGAUCAAAGAUUGCCUCAUGAAAAUCAACGCCACAGAUCUGGUCAGUGUUGAUGCCCCAAACUUGAUUCCGUCAAGCCUGCCACUUGAACCAACACUGGAUGGUCAUUUCAUUACCUCCGACCCCCGUCAGGCGAUUUCUGCAAACUCAAAGCCACAGAAUCAUUUUACCAAUAUCGAUCUUUUGAUCGGAUUCGAUGCCGAUGACGGGGAGGUGGUGUAUCGACUCUGGGCCAUAUUAAACGCGAAUAAAUUCAAUAACAUGACUUAUUUAUAUGAGGCAUUAACCCAACCGAUACCACUGAACAUGGUCAGACAGAUCGUAUUCGAAUAUUUGGCGGAGAGUUUUGAAGAAAACAUCGAGUCAUACGGAAGUAUAAUCGAUGCCGUUGUCGAUCGCUACUCAGAUUGGGAACGUCCGGAAGACAUGGUGUCUCUUAGCAACCGAGUUGUUGCCAUGCUGACGGACGUCUUCUUUUUACUUCCGGUCGCAGAAACAGCUCUGGGCCAUACCAAAGAAGUUGAAGAUGUUCCAACCGCCCCUGCACCUCCGCACUCUGAGUAUGACAGCAUCAGACGACGACGCAGAGACGCAGACGCUGAAUUAGGCGGGAACAGUAAGCGAGUAAAUGAGACCAGGAGAGGAAACACAUACGUGUACAAGUUUAAGCUUUCCAAAACUGAUCCUAGCUUUCAAACGAAGUGGAUUCGUUGGUUCAACGGCACAAACCAUGGAUCAGAAGUCCGGUAUGUGUUCGGUGGCGUGAGCUCACCUGAAGACAUCGAGUUGUCUUCCGCUGUUAUGACGUACUGGUCAAAUUUCAUUAAACAUGGGUAAGCAUUGUUUUGCGUUAAUUCCAUAAGUAUAUAUUUAAAUAUUUGUUUACUUAACCAAUAUCUUCAGUAGUAAACAUUCCUAACACAACUUGGAGGUUGGUGCGUUUCUUGAAAAAAAUAUUCCAAAGUUGAACGAAAGAGAUUCAUCAUCAUCAUCAUUGGCACUUCAGCCCAAGUAAGGCUCUGGCCUGCUCCAGAAACGUCCUUCCAUUCCGACCGAUCCACAGUUUUCGUCUCCAUACGCGGGCCCCCAGCUGAUGUAAAUCCGUCUCCGCCUCAUGUUUCAUCAAUCCAUCUCAUCGAUCCAUCUCAUCAAUCCAUCUCAUCAUUCCAUCUCAUCAAUCCAUCUCAUCAAUCCAUCUCAUCAAUCCAUCUUAGUUGUUUUAGUCGAAUAAAUGAGCCGUCUGCUCUUUGGUUUCUGUGAACGAAAGAAACGACUGGGCGUUAAUAUAUUUCCGUAAUUUAUGACCCUUUCACUCCGACUCUCUUGACUAUUUAUUUGCCAGCAAAAUUUACCAACCACCCAAAUUUGGAACCAGCAUAUUUGUCAGAUGAGCGACACAGAGUUUCAAUUUAAUUUACUAUUUAUUUCGUUUUAUUUUAACCCUCACAAAAUAUUCAAAGACUUUCUUUAACUGUCGAACCCCCUCCCCCUCAUGACCCCCCCCUUUAAUACUACCCUAUCUUACCCCCAACAAGCACAAAGUAAUUGUGAUAGUGUUGACACUAUUUUCGACAUUGAUAAACUACAUAUUACCCCAUUCCCUUGGUCGCCAACUACUCAAAAUGCAUGAGAUUAUUUUUAAUUAUAUUUCUCUUCAAUACAAUGUUUUUUAACCCAUUUAUUUCUGUUGAAGGCUUUUGUUAUAUAAAUAAAAACUAUUUACUGAAAAUACGAAGAUUUAAAUAUCAAUUAUUUAACGAAAAAAUACAUUUUUUUUUCUUCAGAAAUCCUAACCAAGCAUCUGCAUCCGGUACAGAAAGUGGCAAUGUCCAAUCGGAUCAACCCACAGAAGACACAUCGCCAUCACUGGUCAACUGGCCAAGCUUUACGACAGAUCAUCAAUCUUUUCUAGAAAUCUCCCCCCAGCCCACAACUAGAGGCCAUUUGGGAUCAGCGGUCCGCCACUUCUGGUACGACCUGGUUCCGAAUUUGAAGCAGGCGAUGCAGGCGCGGUAUGAGGCAGGCGUGAAUAGCACCAAGCGGACACAGGACGGUAACCACCAAACGCAAUGCAACGGAGGAUCACAACCUGGCGUGCCUGUAUGGGCGCGGGUACUUCUGAUGACUGCUGUUCUUGCAUUGUACGACAUGUAUUAAAUUUGUUACGAGUAGGAUUUCUAUAAUUAUGUGGGGUUUUUUUUUUUAAUGAUGUAAAAUUAAAGCCUUUGUCAUCGAACUUUGUUGAUUUGGUUUCUAUUAUUUAAA